AGAAUUGAAAGAAAUUUUCGACAAUGUGGAUUCUGAUAGCACGAAAAAAUCAACCAUCACAGCUGUAAAAGCAUUUAGGGAAUAUUUAACCGCGAAAAAUAUGUCGGCUGACUUUGAAAAUUUUUCUUCAGCUGAGCUCGAUGAAAAACUGUCCACAUUUUACUGCGAAAUGAGAAACAAAAAAGGUGAAAUGUAUAGGAAAAGUACUCUAAUUGCAUAUAGACAUGGUAUACAGCGGCACCUUGAAAAGGGUGGGAAGAGUGUUGACAUUCUAAAGGGAACCGAAUUCAAGUUAUCUAACAAGGCCUUUAAAAGCAUGACAAAAGAAAUGAAGCGAAAAGGACUUGGUAAUGUGGUACACUAUCCUGCAAUCACUGAUGAGGACUUAGAAAAGAUUUACUCUUUUGUGACUUCAGACCUUGAAGACGCACAGCUUCUUCAGUACAAGGUUUUCCUUGACCUUAUGUUACAUUUUGGAAGAAGGGGGAGAGAAAAUCUAGCAAAUUUAAAGAGGGAUGACUUUGCUGUAACAACAAGUGGAAAUGGAAUCCUGUAUGUAUACAAAACCACAGAUGAAAAAACAAAAAACCAUCAGGAUGAUAAUGAUAAAGCGUCCGACGGCAGAAUGUAUGAAAUCAAAGGGAGCAGUAGAUGUCCAGUAAGAAGUUUCAUCAAAUUUCUAAAGAGACUAAAUCCAAAAUGCGAUCGACUAUUUCAAAAAGCCCGGAUCUUUCAAAAGGAUGGAGUGUUUUACGACAAUUCACCCCUCGGUCAUAAUAAGCUUGGAUCAAUGAUGAAAGAAAUAAGUAGAAAAGCUGGUUUGAAUACCAUUUACACCAAUCACUCAUGCAGAGCCACUACUGUACAUGUUCUUGAUGCUGCGCAAAUUCCAAGUAGGCAUAUUAUGACAGUCACUGGGCACAAAUCCGAAUCAUCCCUUAAAACGUACUCGGGAAUAACAGAUGAAAACACAAAACAAGUGAUGUCAGAGAAAAUCUCCGAAAAGAUUCGGGAAAAAUGUUUGAAAAAAGAUGAUUCUACAAAUGUACAAGAUGUUGCAACCCCUAACUUUGACAUCUUGCCUUUAACUGAUUCGCAAGAAAAUGCCGUAUUAACCGAUCUGUUGAGCACUGAUGAUGGCUUCGAUGAAUUUUUGAAAAACGUUGAAAUGCCUCAGAAUGUUAACGUUGUUUCGACAAAUUCUCAGCUUAAAGUAGAAAACAAUGUGAAAGCUUGGAACCAAUUUCCAAUCCCUUUAAUGUAUAACUGUUCGAACAUUUCCAUCAAUUACAACAUUCUACCUAAACAGUGAAUAAGCCUUUAGCUUAAAGUAAUUUUGUCAUUUUGUUGAUG